CCAGACGCUCUCUCAUCCUCUCAGUCAUUCUCUUUCGCACGAUCUUUCACGCCAAUUGAUUUUUAUUCCAACCCGAGACGAGAUCCAGGCACUUCCUCCUCCAGAAAUCAUGCCUGCCAAACGCACCGCCGCCGCCACCGGCCCCGUCCCCGCGCCCUCACCUCCAACUAUACCCUCAUCCUCAACCACCACCACCACCACCACCACCACCACCGCUACUGCCUCGCCCUCCUCCUCCCUCUCCUCCGGCCCCAAGACCCUGACCACCAACUCCUCCGUCCUCGACAUCGCCCACACCGUGUGGCAGCAAUACCUCGCCACCACCCCGCAGCGCACGCUGCUGCUCGACGCCUUCAUGGGCUUUUUGGUCCUGGUCGGCGGCGUGCAAUUCCUCUACUGUGUUCUGGCCGGCAACUACCCCUUCAACGCCUUCCUGAGCGGCUUCUCGGCUGCGGUGGGCCAGUUCGUGCUUACCGCUAGCUUGCGCAUGCAGACUUCUUCGACUUCGGCUGCGACGGUGUCGUCGGGUGGGAAAGGGGCGAAAGGGAAAGCCGCCGCCGCCGCUGCUGCUGCUGCGCUGGGGAAUGAGACUGGGGGGAAUGGGAUUUCGCAUGAGAGGGCGUUCGCGGAUUACAUCUUCGGGAGUUUGAUCUUGCAUUUCUUCUGUAUCAACUUCAUCAACUGAGCGGUUUUCGGGUUGGAAUUGGGGUUGCGAGGUUAAUGGGAUCGGGGGUGGAAGGUUGGGUUUGGUUGGGAUUUCAGAGAGUGGGAUUAGGACUACAGUAUCCAGAGGUUAAGAUCACUGCGGCUGGACUGGGCGCUUAGUGAAGGUUGCGGUUUGAAGAAGAUCCCUGGUGGACUUGGUGCUGUAAUCCUGAUCUGUCUGGUCUGAUCGGGUCUGAUC